UGAAUUCAUUCUUUCUUUCCUUCAUGUUUCCUUCCGUCAGUGCCUGAUUUUGAUUUUGACAAUUUGUUUGUUUCUCGAAUCUUACAAAGGCCACACAAAGCCGAUUACCGGUUUUUAUUCAUCAGCUAAAUACAAAAUAACAAAAUGAGUUGUCCCUUCCAUGACGAGCAAAUAGACCAGCUGAAGGCGUUUGUGGAGCUAUGCAAAGCUCAACCACAGUUUCUGCACCAUCCCAAGCUAGCGUUCUUCAAGGACUACUUGGUGUCGAUGGGAGUAACCCUGCCAUCGGCUACUUUUGGAGCUAAGAACUUCACACCUUCGGGAGACUCCAACACUGGAAAUAAUAAUGCUACUGAAGAAAAAGCUUCAUCAGGUGAAGAUGAAUCUGACCAAGAAUCUGAUGUGGAGCUCAACAUGGAAGGAGUCAUUGAAGCAGACCAAGUGGACAUCAACCAAGUCAUGGGCGACUCUAACAAAGAAGUCACUGACGAGGAACGCGAUCAAUCAGAUGAGAAGCGCUCGGAAGCGAUGCGGGCCUUCUCUGAACAACAGUUUGAUGAAGCUAUAAAGCUGUACACUGAAGCUAUACUGCUGAAUCCACAGAGUGCUUUAUUAUUUGCCAAGAGAGGACAGGUAUACCUCAAACUGAACAAGCCAAAUGCCUGUAUAAAAGACUGCACUAAGGCCUUGGAGCUGAACUGCGACAGUGCGGCAGCAUACAAGUUCCGAGGACGUGCCUAUGGGUUGCUGGGCCAAUUUGAGGAAGCAUCUCACGAUCUUUGCGAAUCUUUGAAGAUUGACUAUGAUGACCAGACUAACGAAUGGUUGAAUGAAGUGAAGCCUAAUGCUGAGAAAUUGAGACAGCACAAGCUUAGUGUGCAACGCAAGAAGGAAGAAAAAGAGCACCGCGCCAAGAUCCGCCGCGCGCGCAAGGCGCAAGAGGCGCGCGCCAAAGCUGCGCGGGCGAAUGCGACGAGUGGCGCCACGGCCGGAGCCGGGACGGGCGCGGGAACUGGCUUCCCGGGCGCGGGAGCAGGAUUCCCGGGAGCGGGUGCUGGCGCCGGAUUCCCGGGCGGUUUCAACACGCAAGACUUCAGCAACCUGCUCUUCGAUCAAGAGCUUAUGGCUGCUUUCCAGGACCCUGAAGUCGCUGCAGCUUUCUCAGAUGUGUCGACAAACCCGUCCAACUUUUCCAAAUACCAAAACAAUCCUAAGAUCGCGUCCGUCAUCGAAAGACUGCAGUCUAAAUUGGGCAAAGGAGGUGCUGGACCAUUCUCAGGAGGUGCCCCACCAGGUUUUGGCGGCGCUGCAGCUCCUGAUGCUGGAAAGCCUACUGACGAUGACGUGGGACUUGACUAAAUUGGCCAUAAAUUGCUAAAUCUUACUUCCAAGUGAAGAGUAAUCAUCUCUGACAUUUAUCAUAAAGCAUUUAUUUACAUAGCAAUAAAAUUAAUAUGUAUACCUACUAAUACUUAGUAUUCAAUAGUUGUAAUCACUGUUAUUCUAUAUCGGUGAUGGUAAUAUAAACCUGUCAUUGAAUUCUAUAUAGCACGCAGAAUAUCUGUAAUUUUUGUAUUUUGCUGUGCAUUUACUGUUGAUUAUGGAUAGUAUAGCCUUACUUAAUGCUGAUGCAUAGCUCUAUGGAAGGUGCUUAACUGUUAUACAAGCAAGAUAGUAUAUUUUGUAUGUAUAGUUAUAGUUGAACAUCGUAGAGAAUCAAAUGUUACUUCAUGUAGCAUCAUUUAAUAUUUUUGAAAUGGGCUGUCUGCCAAUUAAAAUUUUAUAAGUCCAAUAUGCUUCUUAAUUUUUUCAUUUUAUUCAUUACUAGUCUUUUCAAAGUUUUAGGUAGGUAUUUGUACUAAAAUCUGAACUGGCACUUUGCUUAGUUGAUAAAUGUAAA